CUCAAAGCAACUGCAUCACAUGACAGAGUCUACCCCUGUGUUUCAGACCCAUGCUACUGCCGACGUGAAAUCACGCAAGUGGCUCGUGGCAGGUUCUGCUCUCGCGUCCACACUGGUUGUGUUGGGUGUUAGCCAAAUCACCGCAUCAUCGUCAAAGCAAGUCAAUCUAGUGAACCUUCGCGCGGAGUCGGCUCCGCUUGGCUCGCUCAGUGGCUUGACGGCGGAAGAGUCGGCCAUCGCCACAGCCCUCAACCCCCAGACCCAAAGUGCUCGAACGGCGCGUUGGUUAGUGCAUAAGAACACGUGGGCCACCAUAGCCACAACCUCGAUCCAUUUGAAUGGCGCUCCGUAUGCUGGACUCGCGUCCUACAGCGAUGGAGUGGGGACCUCGGCUAAAAAUGCCACGGGAAAGCUCUACUUCUACUUGACUCCCAUGGAUUCCACAGGCCAAGAUGUAACCAAAAGCCCAAGUGUAUCGGUGGGUAUUAGCAUGGCACAGCUUGGUCAAUGCAAGAUGGAUCCACAGGACCCAACGUGCUGGAAAGCAACGUUCUCGGGCAAGUUGCUGCCAGUGGAAGGGGACGAUGUCAAGGCAGCGCUGGAAGUUCUCUAUUCCAAGCAUCCCCAAAUGUCGUGGUGGCCCGCUGACCAUGGAUUUCGACCUUACGAGCUCCACCCCACUGAAAUUUUGCUCUUGGAUUUCUACGGUGGUGCCAAGUCUAUCGCGGCCGAAGAUUAUUAUGCUGUGGAAUUCUAAAUGCGCGAAUUUUAUAGUUAUGGCGUGUCGUUGCGAUUCUGCUAGGACAUUCCAUCGGCCAUACUGUCUUACGGUACUAGGUAAUGGACUGCAAUCGCAGUAUAUUAGAGUAAACUCGUUGCAGCUCCACUCGUCAGGCUUAACUGUAAAUGUCUGAUUUAUACGGAUAGCCUUUGGCAG